CCGUAGCUAUCCUCUGUCAAAGCCGGAGGUAGCGGGCGCAGUACUGCUACGGUACUCCGGAUCUCCGGUUCACCCUCUCUCCUCACUCUCUCACUCUGUCCGUCUCUUUUUCUCUCCGUCGCGCUCUCUCGUCGUCUCUCUUUUUCUGUACGCACGCGGCGCGCGUACCAGAGCUGCAACUUCAUUGUUGUUUAUUUUUUUUUUCGUUGCACCGCGCUUUUAUUUCGUUUUGUUUUUAUUCUUCACGUCUCGCCGCCGCGGAAAGUUUCAUCGCGGUGCAAGUUUCAGUGUGUGAUGCGGAUUUUUGAAUCCCGCGACGACCAAAGUUCCGCCGGCGACUCGUUUACGUUAGCAGCGAGAGGAGGAGGAAGAAGAAGCUCGUCGAACUUUUUCAGUCAGCGAAGGUCAGGAGAGAGCGAAAAGGAAAGAAGGAGAGGCGAGAAGAGCGGAUAACUGAUGGGGGAAGUGGGUCAUUACACCCCGGGUUGCAUCGGCGCAUCAGCUACUUAGCGAUGAAUCGCUCGGCGUCGAGCUUAACGUGAUUUAUAUGCAAACGCCCGGCCCGCGCGCCGGUAAUUGGACAAUCGUCGGCGAAUAAAUUGCCGCUAACCGAGGAGCGAGAGAGCGAGCUAUACACUACCGGCCUUGAUAAUGAAAUCAGCCGUGACGUUGGCCCGUCGGCUCGUCUGCGAAGCGAAGAUCUGCAGUGCGCGCCGACUAUCGGAUACCAGGAUGGGCUGAGUAAGAAGAAAUCGCUGAUUAUCAUCGGUCUGUGAUACACGAAGGAGGACGGCAAUUAUGGAAUGCCCGACGCAGCAUCGGGCCAGGAUGCGUCGACGCUGCUCGAGAGGGACGUUACUGUUGUUGUUGUUUUCGUGCCGCCGUCGCCGCUGCUGCUAGUGUUUUCUCUUUCUCUCUCUCUCGCAGAUCGUGGAACUCAGCCGAGGGGAGCAGCGAGCGAUUCUUCUCCCGAAUCCUGUGUCGCGCUGAAUCGAGGCGACUCAUCAUAAUGCCGAGCCUCUCGAUCCAAAAGCCGAGGCGCGAGAAUUAGACGAAAUUAGAUCUUUUGUACGUCGGAUGAACGGCGCACAGCCGUCAAAGUUUUCCCGAAGACGCUCUCCUCGCUCUCUGUACACAGCAGUGGCCCAGGAGUUCAAGAGGGGCAGUAAAACCGAGUCGGUGUACUACUGCAACUAGCUGCCCUUCUCGCGCCUUGGUGUGUAGCUUAGGAAGAGAGAGAGAGAGAGAGAGAGAGAGAGAGAAGCGCUCUCUGGCAUUGAAAGCGCCAUACGCAGCUGCAGUUGGAGUGUGUCGAAGGUUCUCUCGCUGCAAGUUUUCAAGUGCUAGUCGAGCAGAGCGCGAGAGAGGGAGAAACUUGGCCAGUCCCGAACAGGAGGCUUGAGAAUAUGUUGUUCCCUGCUCGGAGAGUUUCGGCUGGAGCUUCGAGGAUGAAAAUCGUCGGUGAGGAAGAAGAGGAAGAAUUAGUCGCGACUGGGAGGAGGCCGCGGCGAGGCUGUAGCAACCGCAGACCAGUCUAGGAAGCGAGCGAUCGCGAGCAGCCGCAAAAUGAGCGUCGCAACGGCCAACGUCAGCCAGGCGGCGAACGCCUCGUUCGUCGGUACCGCUUCCUUCAGCGACAUCACCGUCAUCCUCACGGCCCUCGUGCUCGGUGUCCUCAUACUCACGACCGUCAUCGGCAACGUGUUUGUGAUAGCGGCGAUCGUGAUGGAGCGAAAUCUGCAGUCGGUGGCAAACUACCUGAUAGUGAGCCUGGCAGUGGCUGACCUCAUGGUCGCGUGUCUCGUCAUGCCUCUGGGAGCCGUAGCCGAGAUAAACUCCGGAUGGACCCUGGGGCCGGAGCUGUGCGACAUGUGGACCAGCAGCGACGUUCUCUGCUGCACGGCCUCGAUAUUGCAUCUGGUGGCCAUCGCGGUCGACAGAUAUUGGGCUGUCACCGAUCUAAAUUAUAUACAGGCGCGAAAUCCACGCAGGAUAGGCUUCCUGGUGGUGGCCGUGUGGGUGUCAUCGCUCGGCGUAUCGCUGGCGCCUCAGCUCGGCUGGAAAGACCCGGGCUACUUGGAUCGCAUCGCCGAGGGGAAGUGCCUCGUCUCGCAGGAUCCCGCGUAUCAGAUAUUCGCGACAUGCGCUACGUUCUACCUGCCACUGCUGGUCAUCCUUAUCCUCUACUGGAGGAUAUUCCAGGCGGCGAGGCGACGGAUCCGCAAGCGGCCCGGCACGACGAUCCAGCCGCCGAAGGAGCGCAGGGGCAUCCUCAGGCUCGUUAAGAGGCAGGAGUCGACGGCUUUCACCAUAGCCCGCUCGACUCCCGACCACUCGUCCGUUUCCCCGGAGAAGUCGUCCUCCUACAACGGAGCGAACAAUCCACCGCCGACGACGGCGUCGACAACCUCGACGACGACCCUGACCACGGCGACGACGUCCACGACGACGACAACGACGACGACGACGACGGCCUCGACGAGGAAGACCCGCGAGACGAUCGAGGCGAAGCGCGAGCGCAAGGCCGCCAAGACCCUGGCCAUCAUCACCGGUGCCUUCGUCGCCUGCUGGUUGCCCUUCUUCUUCGUGGCUCUGCUUCAGGCCGUCUGCGAGCCCUGUCGGCCGCCGGAUCUGCUGGCCAGUGUCUUCCUCUGGCUUGGCUAUCUCAACAGUACUCUCAACCCUGUGAUCUACACGGUCUUCUCACCAGAGUUCCGGCAGGCCUUCAAGAGGAUACUCGGCAUGCAGACCCGGCCCCCGCCGCGCUGACCUACCGUGUCCUGAAGCGUAUAACGUCGAGAGGAGAAAAGAGAUUCAGCCCGAGCAGAGGAGAGCAACGGAUGCAAAUCGCCGAGCGGGAGAACGUUCGCGACUACGUGCGUGCAGGAGACACGCGGCGGCGCAUUAUACUGUGCGCGGAGCAUUUUUCAAAAAGUGUCUGAAUCAUGCAAGCCCAUCCUAUAACUUAUCCAAGAACUCUAUAUACACACAUAUGAUACACACAUAGACGUGUAAAAGCCUCGUAAGACUUUGAAAUCAGAGAGAGAACGGGAGUUGAGCUCCUGAGAGGAUAAGAAACGGAUACGCAUUAGAAAGCCUAGAUAACUUCUCUUUGCGCGCCUAUUAUACAUGAAUUUUUUUUUUUUUACAAGUUACAGGAUACCACGCGUUACACUUAUUUUUUCUCCGCCACCUUAACGACCUUAUUACGACUUUGUCGAACAAAAAAGCAGAAAGAUAGACACACGCACUCGAGUAUAAAAGCAUACACACAUAUGAUACGAGACGUCCACCCGCUACUCGAGCCCUAGAAGUGGUUGGAGGACGUUGCCGACAACAGGAGAAAACAAAGGAAGGCCAGGACGCAAAAAAUUUGUAUUCCACAUCGCAGCGACUCUCGAACAGUGUUGUUAGAGAAACAAAAAUUAUUAAUGAUAAAAAUAAUUAUAAGGAAAAGACGUACACGCGACCUAACGUGAGAGGGAUAUGAUUCCAUACGUAAGUAUCAAAAUAUAAGUAUUAGUAUUCCGCGAAGGAUCUUACGCUCAUCUGUCUCUCUAUCUCUAUAUACACCUAAAUACUAAUUUUUCUUUUUGUAAGAUGUAUAAAAACAAAGAAAAAGUAAAAAAAUUUCAGAUCGAAGUAUCGCGCUAUACUCGAGACUUAUCGAGCGUUACGUGUACUCUCCAUACACACAGCGAGGAUAUUUAACCGCUGAAACAUUAUAUUAUCACUGCUGCGCAAAGUUCAUCGACUUUGAAACUUUCGUCUAAUGGUGACCGAUUUUUUUCUCCCUUCAUCCGCACCUAUAGCACGCUCAGCUUCGCCGCAAGUUUGCCCGCGCGAGUUUCUCUAUCGUAUAAAGCCGAUAGCACGAGGGCAGAAAAAAAAGAAGAACUCGUAUUAAACAUGCUGCGUUUCGAUGAAAGUUUCUUCAUCGAGCGCAUGUAUAUAGCGUCGAAGAAGAAUUUCACCGUCCGGAAGAAAUGCUAUUAUUUCAUCGCGUAUACUUUCUCCGAAACUAUCGCGAAUUAGCGAAGUUCCUUUUUACAACCGCACGACGCAAUAACGCGAAAGUCAACUUUUCAUUGUACCCCGAUAUAUAUACUAAAUACAAACUCCAAAGCGUUGAACCGUACAGUGAUAAUACACAUAUUCGGGAAAUACGGGGGUGGCAAAUCGAGUCG